CUUCGAAAUAUCUCGUGCUGCUGGUGCUUGGUUGAUACUGUUUCUACGUACCUGUCAAUAUAUCUCAAGCGUUGACAUCACUACACGAAGCUACUUCAAUAUCUGACCAUUCGCAGAAUCCCGACAAUGGACGUUGAAGAAGCCGGUCUAGAAGAGCGCCUCAAGUCCGCCCUCUGGCUGUCUAUCGGAAAAAUCGUGGACGAGGAAACGGUCAAAUUGGGCGCAAAUGCCACUCCUCAGUUUAUCGGGGCCUUGACGGAGAUGGUCUGGGCGCAAAUAGAAACCGUCAGUCAAGAUCUGGAAUCAUUCGCCAAACAUGCCGGUCGCUCGACUAUCAAUCUCUCCGACGUGAUGCUACUGGCUCGCCGCAACGAAGGACUGGAGUCUAUUCUGCGUGCUUUUAUCGACCAAGAACGGGACGAAGAAGCCUGAUCUGUUGUUGCAAGCCACAGGCUACCCUCAUACAGCGGAACAAAGUCCCGUCCCAUCUCCCCGCGCCCGCGCAAGAUACUACCACCUGAUUGGUGGACCACCGUUACCACCACUCCAAGCUGGCAGGAGAUCGAGACCGACCUCGUGGUCGACCCGUGGCGGGCAAAUCGGCAGAAUCCCAUUCGCGACCGGCUUAUGACGACAACACCCGUAACCCCACACAAUCCCUAUCGCGCGGAUGGCAAAAGAACACAACCAGGAGCCUACAGUACUUCCAAACGCCCGGAAACUUUGAUGUCAUCCUGCCGUGGUGUCAAUGUCCAGCUGAUCAGCUUUUCCCUGGUCACCUUGUGUCCAAAGCCAAUUGUCCACUCUUCCCAUCGAUCUGACGAUAUGGAUAUCGUGUCCGGUUCCACGGUCGAGCACGAUCUCUAGAUCUUAGCAUCAUAGCUGGUGUAAAAGCGGGUAUCAGAUGAACAAAUUCAUCGGACCCAGCCAAUAGGGCUUCACGAUAGGACAAGUUUGAAUGAAGACAAGUCGUUGUCUCUCCAGCACUGCCUUAAGUCACGCUGA